AUGGUAUCUGCGCCGGAGUUGAAGAAUUACUUGGACAAAAAAGUUUCUGUCCAGCUUAAUGGAUCACGAGUAGUCACCGGAACGCUUCGAGGCUACGACGUCUUCAUGAACAUCACCAUGGCUGAUGCAGUGGAAUCCUCCUCGGGAGAGAAGGUCGCCAUCGGCACCAUCGUUAUUCGUGGUAACUCUAUAGUCUCAGUGGAGGCGCUUGAGAAAGCAUAG